UUCCCUUUCUUCUUUUCUCUUCUUUUUUUCAUCUUUUUUUUUGUUGUAUUCUUUGUAUCUUUACGCCUUUUUAUACUUCAAUCACUUACUUAAAUUCUUUGACGUUAAUAUCCCUAAUUGAAUGCGCUAUCUCGCUCACGGUGCUUGUUACAAUCGUACUUUCUUACUGCGUUCAUCUUUCAGAGUUCCUACUGCUACGUCAUUCAUAAGACCUUAUACUUCUCGGGUAUCUUUACCGAGCAUUCAUCCCACUACUUAUCAUACUACUGCUGCUGCUGUUGUAAAUAAGACCAGCAUUGGCUUUGGCAGGAAAUCAUUAAGCACACCUUCUAAGCUAUUCUCUACCUCUUCCUCCUCUUCCAUCAUUAACAACAACAUUCACUGCAGCAAUAGCAACAAGUCAUCCUAUCUCAAGGCUCUUUCUGCAAGUAUCCUGUUGGCUUCUUCCCUCUAUUAUGUGUCUCAAAAAACCAACAUUGCUCAUGCAGAAUCUUCCCUUGAUCACUCAUCCGCCUCUCCUCCUCUCUCUCGCAAGGAGGCUCUCUCGUCUAUCCUCUCUGACUUACAAAAUGAUCAAAACAGAAUUGCAGUGCAUACCAAAAGUACGGAAGAGCUAGCGAUGGCUUUGUUUGUCUAUCAACUAUGUGCACUGCCUUGGUUAGUCGAUGCGGCGCCGCAUAUGAUCACUGCUGCUCAGAAAUUUGGGCUCGAAGCUCCUAUCUAUUGGUUUGUUCAGCACACCUUCUUUCGUCAUUUUUGCGGAGGGCAAACACCUGAGGAAUGCAUCUCCAGUAUGGAUAAACUAGCGCUUUCUGGUAUCAACUGUAUCCUGGAUCUCUCUGUGGAGGCCGAUUUGCAUCUGGAGAGCAGCCAAGCUCAAGAUCCAUCCAAAGAAGGCGGUAAAUACUAUCGAGACGAUCAACAUGCCGAUGUUAUUCUCAAGAUGCUCAAGACAUGUGUUGCCACAGCUGCUCAAGGCGGUAAACCCACCACCCGUUCCAUGGUUGCGCUCAAGGUCACCGCUUUGUCUCCCCCCGAACUCUUGCUUCGUUUGAAUCAAGUCCUUAGCUCGCUGGACCAAGGCUUUGUGAGUCGCCAAAAGAACGGAUAUAUUGAUGCCGAUGGUAUUCAGCAGGUGGCAGAGACGGUGUUGCCCGAGGCUGAAACAGAAGAACAGCAGAAGCAACGUGAUAUGAUCUUUGAUCAACUGAGACAGAAAGGCAUUCUGUUGGAUGUCAUUGAAUAUCGCAAGCUGUUUGAUUUGCAAGGCACCGGCCGUGACAUCUGGUGGCGCACACGUCAAACGGAUGCAGCUAAAGUAAGCCUUACGAUGGAGGAUUUAGAAGCUUUGGAUCGUAUGGAAAGCCGUUUGGAUGAGAUUUGUGGUAUGGCGCACGAGGCCAAUGUGGGUGUCAUGAUUGAUGCUGAACAGUCUUACUUUCAAGAAGCCAUUGACUAUGUGGCCAUUAAUCUUCAAAGAAAGUACAAUCAAGAACAGAAUAAGCGACCCACUGUUUACAAUACUUAUCAAAUGUAUACCAAAGCAGCAGGUGGAAAACUCAAAUUAGAUGUUGAACGUUCCGAACGGGAAAACUUUCGAUUUGCAGCCAAGUUAGUCCGGGGUGCUUACAUGGUGUCGGAACGUCAGCGCGCUAAAGACAUGAACUACCCUUCCCCGAUCCAUGAUACCAUCGAGGAUACACACGCGUCCUAUAACAGCGGUGUCCGCUACUUACUCGGCAAAAUCAAGCAACAUCAAGAACAAAAGCUUCUCACGGCAAAAGACAGCAACGAAGAAUGCCAACCUUUAACAGCCUCCAAUUCUCCUAUUGUGUUUAUGGUCGCCAGCCAUAAUCGUGAUAGUGUCAUCUUGACGAUUGACGAAAUGGAAAAGAACAACAUUUCGCCUCACUCGAACGUGGUUCAGUUUGGUCAACUUUACGGCAUGCAAGACCAAUUAUCCUACACGCUAGGCCAUCAUGGCUUUGCUGUGUACAAAUACUUACCCUACGGUAUGAUUGAUGAAGUCAUCCCUUACUUACUCCGCCGUGCUCAGGAAAAUGCUUCCGUGUUGGGUGCUGUGAAUGUAGAGCGCGCAUUGAUUUGGAAAGAAUUGAAAGGAAGAAUGACAGGCGAUGUAGCUGAACCUGCCGUGGUCGUUAGUACUUCACCGGCAGCCACCGAUAUUUCCAUCACAGACACUGCUUAAUUUCCUUGGGACAAUCCCCAUGCAUAGGAUUCCUCCCCACUCAAAUCUCUAACAUCUAUCUAGUUUGCUUCUUUUAUAUAUAUAUCAUUUGUAUUGUACAGUAGAAUCACUUUUUUCUCGUUUAUUUUUAUGUCAUCUAUACUAAUUUUUUUUGUCUUUCUCCAUCAAUACGCUUCAUCCUCAGGGAGAUCAUCCCAUUAGAAGUUGAUGUAUAAAUUGCAUUUUUCUCCCAAAAAGAAAUGAAUACAGAAUGUUUUUUUUUUUUUCGUAAAGGGACCAACAACCUCAUUUCCCC